UGCAUUUAUGAUUCUACUGCAAUAAAAGCAGAUUUCUCUGGCUGUUCUCAGGAUGUGGCUGUGCUGUUGCUCAUAUCUGACGUGUGCAGACGUGUGUGGAGAGACCAGGACAGAAGAGGAGGACCAGAGCGGAGUCAGAAUGGACAUCGAGCUCUUACAAGAGCAAUACAGCUCCAUCAGAGAGAAGCAGAGACGCCAAACUCAGCUCAUCUGCUUCAAGAAAGCACAAAACAGUGCAGAGAUAAGUGGCAGAAGUCUAGUGGACGUGGUUCCCGUGCGUCAGAUCAAACGCUCUCCUUUAACAAAAGCACCAGAAAGCCUGUUUGAGUCUGUGGUGGAUUCUGACAGAGGCCUGUGGCGCUCUCAUCUGGACACGCACCGUAUGAAUCACACGACUGAUGAAUCCGAACACAGGAACCACAGCGACGCGUCUACUGAAGCCUCCAGCGCCAGCUCAGAGGCAGAACCCUGGAGCCCUGGAGACCAGCAUCUGAACUCUCGGAAGUUCUUGGCUCCGGAGGUUUUGUCCCGUCAGCUGAGCUUCGGGAGUUAUCGCUCCACACCUGCAGGCUCCAAAUAUUACCCCUUCCCUCAGAGGAAGAGCCUGAGGAAAUCAGAGACGGCCAGGAGACUGGGCCUCUACGCCUCGCUCUAACCAAGAAACCAAGAAACUAUUAACCGGACGGUCCUUCAAAGUUAUCUGCUGUUCUCGAAAC